CUGCUCUGUUCAACUAUGUCACUGGUUUGUUCUCCCAUGGUUUUCUCAUGUUUGAGUUUAUUUAGUAAAUGUUUAUAUUUCUGCCACCAAAUCUGGUCUCCUGCAUUUGGGUCCUUCAUCCACCAUUCAUGACAGGAGGGAGUGGACUCAGAAUGUCACUAUCUCAACUGGAUGCAGUCACUGAUUGCUUCUCAUUUGCCCUCACCGUUCAGGACAGAAAGCCGGAUCCAGUCAUCAUAAAGGAUCAAAGGAUCAAGCAGCAUCUUCAGACCAGAUGAACUCCAAGCUCACCACGAAUCAGAAGAAAGCAAUCUGCUCUCAGCUGGGAUAUCUCAAACUGAAGUUGCUCUACAAAGCCAGCAUCCAUGGUUUCACUGGAGUAGCUUUCCACCUACACUGUGAUAACCAGUAUCCCACUGUGUCUGUGGGCUACAACAAAUCUGGACGUGUGUUUGGAGGCUACACCAGACAACCAUUCAGUCAGUCUGGACAGUAUGUAAAUGAUGAUCAGGCAUUUCUGUUCUCCUUCAGUGGAGAAAAGCUCAACAAAUAUCCAUGCAUCAAUGCUCCAUAUGCUGUGAGAAUGAUCAGCAACAGUGGUCCUUAUUUUGGAGAAGCUUUAGUUCUUGUCAAUGGAAGCCAACCAAAAGUGUACAGCAAUCCUGGAAACUAUUAUAACUUCAAUGCUGCAGAGAUGCACGGCAAUGACCUCGACCUGACUGAGUGUGAAGUUUACCAGGUGGAAACAGAAAUGGAGAAACCAUGGAGACUUGUGAUCUGGGAUACUAAGAGAAAGGCAGGGAUGAUGGAGAGCAUUAAGUUCUACAAACCUUUGAACAGCUCUGUGACUCAGGCUCGGGUUUUACUCGUUGGACCUGUUGGAGUUGGAAAGUCCAGCUUCUUCAACUCCAUCAACUCCAUCUUUAGAGGUCAUGUCACCAGUCAGGCCAUUUCUGGAAGCUCCUCCACCAGCCUGACAACACAGUUCAGAACAUACUCUGUGAAGGCUGGAAGAGAAGGUAAACCUCUGCCACUCGUCCUGUGUGACACCAUGGGACUGGAGGAAAACGUGGGGGCGGGACCAGAUAUAGAUGACAUCAGCAAUAUCCUUAAAGGUCAUCUGCCUGACCGUUACCAGUUCAACCCCUCUGUUCCUCUGCAAUCAGAGGCUCACGGUUUCUGCAAGAGUCCAGAUCUCAAAGACAAGAUCCACUGUGUGACUUAUGUCCUGGACGCCAGCAAGAUCUCCAUCAUGUCCAAAAACUUGGAGGAGAAGUUGAAAGCUGUCCGUAGAAAGGUCAACUAUAUGGGGAUCCCUCAGCUGGUGUUGCUCACUAAAAUCGAUGAAGCCUGCGCUCUGGUGAGAGAAGAUGUCAGAAAUGUCUACAAAAGUGGCUACAUUAAAGAACUGAUGCAGGAGGCCGCCACUCGGGUCGGUGUACCUUUGUCCUGCAUCAUUCCAUUGAAGAACUACAGUGAGGAGCUGGAAUUGGACAUGGACAUGGACAUCCUGCUGCUCAGUGCGGUCAUUCAGAUGCUUCGCUUUGUGGAUAACUUCUUUGAUGAGAUCAGUGAUCAGCUGAGCAGUCUCACAACUGAGAAAUAAUCAUCACUCAGAUCACUCCUUGAUGUAGAAGGAUCCAAAGAAGUGCUAGAUAACUCAUCAGUAGUUAUAGUUCCAGGAUGAACACAUCUUGCUGGACCACAAAAGGGAAAACUUUGAAUAUUCAGAUUACUAUUUUUUUUAAUUCAAUUUGAUGUAAUGUCAAAUUGACUAAAGUUAAAUUACAAAGUUAAAAAAAUCUGGCAGUUACCCAAUCAUGACCAAUGCUGUACCCAAAGCUGAUUAUCAUUCUGAAGUCCUUUUUUUGAAAGUGGAAAAUGGUCGUUGAUAUAAACAAAUAUAAAUCUUUCAUCUGUUGUUGAAAACAAACAAAAAUAA